CGAGGCGAAUUCAGAGACUUGCUGAAUAUUAUAUUCUUGCUGACUUGCUGAAUAUUAUAUUCUUGCUGACUUGCUGAAUAUUAUAUUCUUGCUGACUUGCUGAAUAUUUUCUGCGCUAUUGCUGUUUGAAGGAAGAUGUCAGUCCCGACCCAGAGCCAGGAUUCUUCUGUGUCCACAGGUCCGACUCACAAGAGAGUCAGAUGGGCGGAGAGCGAUGGACAGAUGGAUGAUGGACAUCCGCCCACUUCAUCCAAAUGCUCUCGCAGAGCCUCAGGCCGCUUCAGAUACAGGAGAGCUGCUUCCACACUUUCUCCAUCGGACAUCAUGUCCACACCAUCUUUGUCCAGAUCCGACAACUUCCAAGAGUUGAUGUGUCCUCCACUGCCUGGUCAAGUUCCCGUCGAGCCAAGCGACACAUCUAACGUCGUCCCGACUGCUCAUGGUGCCGUGGAGGCUUCAUCUGUGAACAAGAGCUCGACAGAAAAACCCACAAAACGUAAGAAGAUUCGUUCGUUCCUCAGGAACGUGUGGACGGCUGUGAAGAGUAUGUCCCGCUGCUCUUCUGACAGUAAAGCUGUGGAUGUUGUGGAGCCUUUCGUUCCUCCACUAGAUCUGGACUCGGAGCCAGAUUCUGAUCCAGAUCAGUCCGGUGUCGAGCCAAAUCAUGGCCGCUUCGGAUACAGGAGAGCUGCUUCCACACUUUCUCCACCGGACAUCAUGUCCACACCAUCUUUGUCCCGCUCUGUGGGGAAGGUGGAGAGGGAGUUACGUGGGUUGUCGAGCAGCAGCAGAGGCACGUACAUCAUCGAGAAGAGGAGCAGUAACAUCAGAUCUGAGAGCCAACAUGAACAGGGCAGUGAUGGAAACAGUAGUUCGUCCAGAUCCGAGAUCCUCAACAGGAGUUUGUCCAGAUCCGACAGUCUCCAAGAGUUGAUGUGUCCUCCACUGCCCGGUCAAGUUCCCGUCGAGCCAAGCGACACCUCUAACGUCCCGACUGCUCAUGGUGCCGUGGAGGCUUCAUCUGUGAACAAGAGCUCGACAGAAAAACCCACAAAACGUAAGAAGAUUCGUUCGUUCCUCAGGAACGUGUGGACGGCUGUGAAGAGUAUGUCCCGCUGCUCUUCUGACAGUAAAGCUGUGGAUGUUGUGGAGCCUUUCGUUCCUCCACUAGAUCUGGACUCGGAGCCAGAUUCUGAUCCAGAUCAGUCCGGUGUCGAGCCAAAUCAUGACUCCUUCGAGACUCUCUAUGACGCGGGAGAGAUGAUUGGACACGGAGGAUACGGAAGAGUGUUCAAAGGAACACGGAAAUUUGACGGCGAAAAGGUUGCCAUCAAGCGGAUGCGCAAGACUUCUGACGAUCUUUAUCUUGCUAUUCCUGGGCGUCCCGAACCUGUCAUCACAGAAGUGGCUCUGCUGCUGAUGAUGAGGCAAGAACCUAUAAGCCCCUACGCCAUUCAACUACAUGAUUGGUUUGAACACCCUCGGAAAUUCACCCUUGUGAUGGAGUAUCCCGAGCCCUGCGAGAGCUUGUUUGACUUCAUCUAUAAUAAUCCUCAACUGGACGAAACAACAGCACGGGUCAUCAUGCGACAGGCUGUGCUGGCAGUUCAACACUGCAUUGAGCAUGGCGUCUUUCACAAUGACAUUCAUGCGGACAAUUUCCUGUUGAAGAAAGACACGUUAGAGCUCAAGUUGAUAGACUUUGGCUCUGGACAGCUACUUAGUAGUGAUGGCUAUGACAGCGACGUUUAUAUUGGAGUACUGGAGUACUGCCCACCUGAAGUCAUCUCAGAAUCUCGAUUUCACGCCAUCCCAACAAAUGUCUGGUCUUUAGGGGUGUUGCUCUAUGAGAUGGUGAACACAUGUCUUCCAGAGGAAAUGGAAAAGGGCAAAAUUACAUUUCAGAACGCCAACUUAUCCAACGAAUGCUGUGAUCUGAUUAUCCAGUGCCUAACCCUGGAUCCAACUAAACGUCCGACGUUAGAGCAGAUCUUACAACAUGGAUGGUUUAGAGAUGACCUACUGUAGAAUGGAGAAGUUCAGGAGAUUUAGGAGAUCAGAGAUUUCAGGGUUGGACUCACACCAUCCAGUCUACAAAAAAAAAAACACUGGUUGAAACGCAGGAUUGGAUGGAUAUCAUCUUUUACCAGAAAGAUCAGAGCCUGUCCACGUCUGAGCAAGAACAUUACUGAAGACUGGUGAGAAGUUAGUUCAUGUCAUCACAGCCACAUUUGCUUUGGUAAGUCAAGUCACUUUUAUUUAUAUAGCGCUUUAUACAAUUCAGAUUGUUUCAAAGCCGCUCUAAGGCCCCGUUCACAACGUCAGCGACUUUUGUUCGGGUCGCUAGUUCCCAAUACUGUAGUGAUUGGUCGGUCAUGAACUAUUAGUUAAUUUUGAACAAAUCUUUAAAAUGACUUGUUCGCGACUUGACGGAUUUUAAUAAAUGGAGAGAUGACGAUUGAGACCAGGCUGAAGAAGCGUGUUUGUAUGAGUCUUCAGAGAAAAGACACCGGGAUCUAAAAUGUUGUUUUAAUUAUGUAUUUAAUAACGAUUUAAAUACAAAACGGUGAGUAGCGUCUAAUAAUUUAUUUAAAAAAUACACCGCUUAUAAGGGGUACAGUGACUACCAGUAUGGGUAUGGUGCCGCGUGCGAGUAGUAUAACAAAGCGUGUGUGCGGGGUUCGGGCUGGCAUCCGGGCUACCGCCGAGCUAUUUUACCCGGUGAACAGCUGGCAAUUUGUUUAAGGUGAGUAACCUGCAUUAAGGUGAGUAAAAUGCAUUUACCGAGCCUGGUAGGAUUUAAAGGAUAUUAUUUAUCACAUUUAAGUCAAAUAUAAUGUAUAUUGUGUCAUACGUUGAAUUACCCACCAUGUACUUGUUUUUACAGUUACAUGUUUAUCAUAUUCAUAACCUAUGUCAUAUAACUUUUUUUUUCUUUCUACUCUUGUUUGCUGUUUCUUCUAUGUAGAAUUCAGUAUUUUAUUUGAAUAGCUCAACACUCGUGAACUUCUCCAGUGCUGAGGGUGCAGUUCCUUGGGAGCCACAGGCAUGAAAGAUUCUUCACAGAAGCAAACCAAAGGCUCUUUUAAGAGCCACCAAUAUUUGAAUAAAAGAGAAUCAUUUAAAACA